GGUUCCAUACAUCUGGCUGGCUCCAGCCUCGUUUGUCUGCACACAGCAAGAAGCAACAAAUAGAAAGUUCGCCAAUCCUUUCUUUAAACUCCUCCCAAUAAUUUCUCUCUUCUACAACAACAACGUUACCUACUCUGUCCAAACCUUUUGCUUGAUACCCCAAUUCAAUUUUUGCACCAACAACCUUUUCUAGUUCAUUUUUCAUACAAAAGACUCUAAAUCACAAUGGCUGAAACUGCUACUCCUGAAGUUCUCUGGGCUCAAAGAUCCAGCCAGACCGAAGCCGAAAAGAACUUCAUCUACCUAACCAUCAGCGUUCCCGACGUCAAAGAACCAAAGAUCGACCUCAAGUCUCAGUCUCUUACAUACUCUGGCUACUCCGAGUCUCUCAAGCGUGCAUAUGCAGUCACCUUGGAAUUCUAUGCAGAGAUCGAUGAGAGUGCUUCCAAGUACAACCAUACCCAAAAGAGCUCUCAAUUUGUCUUGAGAAAGAAGGAGUUGAAGGAGGAGUUCUGGCCUAGAUUAUUGAAGGAUGCCAAGAAGGUUCAUUACUUAAAGACCGAUUUCGAUAAGUGGGUUGAUGAGGAUGAGCAAGAUGAGGCUCCUGAGGAGGAUUUGAGCCAGAUGGGUGGCAUGGGUGGAAUGCCAGGUAUGGGAGACAUGAUGGGAGGAGCCGGUGGAGAUUUCGGCGGUAUUGACUUCUCAAAACUCGGAGGAGCUGGCAUGCCAGGAAUGGGCGGAAUGGGCGAGGAUGACGAGGGUGAAGAUGAAGACGAUGAUGAAAUGCCAGCACUUGAAGGAGAGGGGGAAGCUUCCGAAGCGCCAGCUGCUAAGAUCACCGAGGUCGCUUAGAUGAUUCCCUUUAUGACGAAUGACUUUCUACAUUCAUUUCAUUCAACUUCAUUUUAAGAAAGUAAAGAUACUAUACUAGGAGUUCUCAGAUGAUACGAAAGGACUUAUAUGGAUAUCUUUUGCUCGAUUCAUCAGAGUUAUUUGGUGAGAGUUAGGGUAUACAGAUAGUGGAUUUUUUGCUUCGUUUAUGGGAUGGCAUUUUAUCGAAUUGCUGAAUGGAUGCACAUUGAAGGAAAGAAUGGAUGAAUAUGAAACAAAAGUAACA